AAGCGAUCCUGAGGAAGUAAACAAACAUGGCUGUCUGUGUAUCUGUCAUCGGGAAGGAGAACAGUCCCCUGUACAUAUGGGUAGGCAACGGAAAGGAAGAACUGCACCUCCACUACUUAGCCCACACUGCACUAGAUGUCAUACAAGAGAAAGUGUCGGCAGUUAACAAGACUCCAGGGGACACAAGGGAGCUGUACUUGGGUCUCCUCUAUGCAUCAGAAGAGUACAAAGUUUUUGGCUACACAACCAACACAAGGAUCAAGUUUGUCAUCAUCACCGAUGCAGCCAACACCACACUCAGAGAUAAUGAGAUUAGAAUGAUGUUCCGCCGACUACAUAACAUGUACACCAAUGUAGUCUGUAACCCCUUCUAUGUUCCCGGUGAGCAGAUCACAUCAAGAGAGUUUGAUAAAGGAGUGGGAGCCUUAGUAGCUGGGAAUUAAGUAAAUCUCUUUGGCAUAAGAAGAAUGAAUGAUUGGAAAUUGUUUUGGCCUAGCAGACGUAGAUGCCGCAUUAUGUGUUCUGUUGAAAAGUAUCGCACUGUGUUAUGUUGUUGAAUGACUGUUUCCUUUUAGAAUAACACACAUAGUGGGAAUGACGAUUUGUAUCUGUUUGAUAUUCAUCUGAGUGUCCUUUUUUAAAAAGAAAAUGUUUAAGGUUAGAGUUAUUACCCUUUAUUAAUUUUAUUUGAGUUAUUUAGAUAAGGUAUAAGAAUAAAUAGGGGAUAAUGGAUAUUCUGUUUAUAUUUAUCAUAUUUCAUUUUUGCAAAUUUGUAUGCUGUCAUGAAAGAAAGUAUUUUUCAUAUUUCAUUGAAAUGAUGUAUACAGUUUUUGUGAAUAGUUUGAGAUCCAUAGGAACAUUAGAAUAUCAUUAAUUUCUUUUCACUUGCAUAUGCAAAUUAUAUACAGUGUUUCCCAGAAAAUUUUUAACCAACUGGCAAUGGAUAACAUCUGACAAAUAAUCUCGGGUGAAGGUUGACAUCAUAUCGUGUCAUGAGUCUGUGCCCCACUCACCAAGAAGACAUUUUUCAUUCACUACCACAAGAUGGACAGUCACCCAGGCAUGGAGCUGUGCACACCAUUGAAUGCCCUUUCCAAUUAUUCAAAAAAUUUGCCUGUCAUUAUUGAUUUAAAGCUUUUUGGAGGGAACUGCAUAUAUGUAUGUUUUUUAGAAUUAAUUACAUAUAUGUGGAGAAGCAGUUUUUAGUUCAGCAGGAAACUAACAACACACUUAAAUUACUGAAUAUUGUUGACCAUCCAGCUUGAAAUGGCUGAUAUCCAGUGAUCAGUGUCUAUAAUGAGAAUGAGUUAUUUCUGAGAGGAAAAUAUAGGAUAUUUAUCACUCACUCUAAUUAUCUGUUACCAAUAUAAAUGCAGUUUUGACCUUUUUGAAGCCAAAAGCUGUUGCAGUAUUAGUCUGAAAAUGAACAGGAAUAACAAUAGUUUUGGUGAAGAAAAGGUCAUGAUUGAUGGGGCUAUAAAAUAUGUAUGAGGCAGAGAGAGCCAUUACUGGUAAAAUAGGCGCUAAAGUUAUCUACAAGAUCAAACACAAGUUGAAUUGUUGAAACUAUAUGCAACAAACAGUGUCCUGAGUUUCUUGAGAUACGUUGUAUAAACCCAAGUAAAAUUAUAAAGUUAAAUAUAUGCUGUUUCUUUGUUGGUGCUAGCUUUUACAUGUCAUGUUUUCUAAUGUGUGUUGCUGGGGCCAGACAGAGAUUACUGCUAAAGUUUAAAUCUUGCUGUGUAUCUUAAAGAAACAGAGUAGUUGAAGUGGCAGAAUGAUAAUUAUGUGAUGAAACUGUUUUGUAAUACAUUUUCUUAGUCAUCUUUAUGCUUUUGUUUUGAUAGGAGCAGUUGUGUUCAGAAGAAGAAAUCUCUGUACAUAAUUAAAUAUAUUUAUCUAAUUUAGACUAAGUAAAGAAAUAUUUUUGCCUCAUUUAGAAUGGUGAGUUGCAGGUGUACACAUUUCUCAAUCCAUUUACAGGCCAAUGUGAAAAAUAAAAUGUUUAAACUUC